AGAACUUCCGUUCCCUUCGCGUCUGGAGCCGGCCAUUUUUUCAAACUUUUUUAGGCUUUCUGUCCUGGAUCCAGAGCCCAGGUUUCUGUGCUAUGGAGAAGCUGAAAACUAACCACAGGGAGACCGCUGAGAACCCUGAAAGCCAGGAAAUGGAGAGACUGUUAUGCUCAAAUGCGGGACCCCCAAAAGACCACCAGAGACCAAGAUUGAUAGUCACAGGUUGUUCUGCUGUGCAGGAACUGAGGUUCCCAAGUAGCCCUACUCCUGAGAACCAGGCAAUGAUACUGUUAACAUUCAGGGAUAUAGCCAUUGAUUUUACUGAAGAGGAGUGGGAAUGCCUUCAACCUCCUCAGAAAAACUUAUAUAAAGAUGUGAUGUUAGAGAACUAUAGAAACUUUGCCUUCCUGGCCAUGACUCUUCAUGAUACCCAAGAAUAUUCAUCAGAAAAGGGCAUAAAACAUAUAUUUCACAGAGUGAUAAGUGGGAAAUAUAAAAGUUGUGAUCUUGACUAUUUACAACAAAAGAAAAUAUGGAAAACUACAAGUGAGUGUGAACACCAGAAAUCAUAUAAAAAAUCAGGCCUUGUUCACCACCAGAGAAUUCACACUGGAGAGAAGCCCUACAAAUGCAAAGAAUGUGGCAAAGCUUUUAGUCUAAAAACAGACCUUAUUCGCCACAGUAGAACUCACACUGGAGAGAAGCCCUACGAAUGUAAAGAAUGUGGCAAAGCUUUUAGUCAAAAAACAGACCUUUUUAGGCACAGAAGAACUCAUACUGGAGAGAAGCCCUACAAAUGUAAAGAUUGUAGCAAAGCUUUCAGUGUAAAAUCACAACUUAUUCGCCACAGCAGAACUCAUACUGGAGAGAAGCCCUACAAAUGUAAAGAAUGUGGCAAAGCUUUCAGUGUAAAGUCACCCCUUAUUUGCCACAGCAGAACUCACACUGGAGAGAAGCCCUACAAAUGUAAAGAAUGUGACAAAGCUUUCAGUCAAAAAGCAGGCCUUAUUUACCACAGGACAAGUCACACUGGGGAGAAGCCCUACAAAUGUAAAGAAUGUGGCAAAACUUUCCGUGUAAAAUCACACCUUAUUCGCCACAGCAGAACUCAUACUGGAGAGAAGCCCUACAAAUGUAAAGAAUGUGGCAAAGCUUUCAGUCGAAAAUCACACCUUAUUUGCCACAGCAGAACUCAUACUGGAGAGAAGCCCUACAAAUGUAAAGAAUGUGGCAAAGCUUUCAGUCAAAAAGUAGGCCUUAUUCGCCACAGCAGAACUCAUACUGGAGAGAAGCCCUACAAAUGUAAAGAAUGUAGCAAAGCUUUCAGUCAAAAAGUAGGCCUUAUUUACCACAGGAGAACUCACACUGGAGAGAAGCCCUACAAAUGUAAAGAUUGUGGCAAAACUUUCAGUCGUAAAGUAGGCCUUAUGUGCCACAGUAGAACUCACACUGGAGAGAAGCCCUACAAAUGUAAAGAAUAUGGCAAAGCUUUCAGUCAAAACUACACACUUGCUUAGGGUGCCCAUCAUUCAUUGUUAAAAAAUCUUUAGCUAUAUAAAGUUUUAAUACUCUAUGUCACAUUGUGAGUGUUUUAUUGAAUCUUAUAUCAGUUUAUGAAAUAAACAUGAUAUAUGUGAUUUCCUCAA